AUGUACAACUUUUCGGGUGGCCCGCAGGGCAUCCUUCCGUUGCGCGAGUUCCUGGUCGAAAAGCUGGGCGAGCACCGUGGCAUCAAUACCACGGUUGACGAUGUCCUGGUCACGUCCGGCUCCGGCCAGGGGAUCGAACUCAUCAACGAAAUCCUGCUGGAGGAGGGCGACACCGCGAUCGUCGAAGCGUUCAGUUUUCCGGCGCCCUGGGCAAUCUGA